UUAGAGAGCUGUCUUAGAAUGACAUUUUGUCGGGCCACCUGGGCCUUAGCGAUCCUGUUGGCAGUGGCCAACGUACAAGGUCAGCAUAACCCACACUUCUGGAAUAGACACAGUGGUAUCGUGCAUCUCUUUGAGUGGAAGUUCUCCGAUAUUGCACAGGAAUGUGAGAGAUUUUUAGGACCACGUGGUUAUGGUGGUAUUCAGUUAUCACCAGUCAACGAGAAUGUCAUCGUUCAACUUGGAAAUAAUCGUCCUUGGUGGGAACGAUACCAACCAAUUUCGUUCAAAGUAGCGACGCGUUCAGGCAACGAGCAGGACUUCCUAGAUAUGUCGCGCCGAUGCAAUGCAGUUGGAGUACGUUUAUAUGUGGACAUUAUAAUCAAUCAUAUGGCUGCGCAUCCGGAUGAUGGAAGUGUAGGAACCGGUACUGCUGGCUCUACUGCAACUCCGCGUGAUCGUGAUUACCCAGCUGUUCCGUUCACCAUACUCGAUUUCAAUCCAUCGUGCUCAAUUACUGAUUGGGGUGACGCUUGGCAGAUAAGAAACUGUGAACUUUUGGGAUUACCAGAUUUGGAUCAAAGCAGAGAUUGGGUUCGUGAUAGGAUCGUUGACUUCUUGGACCAUCUGAUUGAGCUUGGAGUGGCUGGUUUCCGAGUUGAUGCCGCCAAGCAUAUGUAUCCUCAAGAUAUGGAAGUCAUCUUUAACAGACUAAACAAUCUGAACACUAACUUUGGCUUUGCUCCUGGAUCGCGUGCUUUCUUGAUGCAAGAGGUUAUCGAUGGUGGUCCACAUGAGGCCGUUGGAAAAUGGGAAUACAAUCAUCUAGGCACAGUAACGGAGUUCCAAUAUUCGUCCUACAUUUCACGGGCAUUUAGCGGUAAUGAUCUACUCGUGUGGUUGCAAAACUUUGGAGAAGAGUGGGGCUUUCUGCCAUCGCAGGAUUCACUCGUCUUUGUGGAUAAUCAUGAUAACCAACGUGAUCAUGGCGGAAUUUUGACCCAUACAGUGCCCAAACCCUACAAGAUGGCUACGGCCUUCGCUGCUGCCCAUCCAUUCGGUCAACUACGUCUCAUGAGUUCGUUCUUCUUCGCCAAUAAGGACCAAGGACCACCACAGGAUACCAAUGGUAACAUUAUUUCUCCAUCGAUCAAUGCGGACGGUUCCUGUGGCAACGGGUGGGUCUGUGAACACCGAUGGCGUCAGAUUGCGAACAUGAUCAACUUUAGAAACGUAUGUUGGGGAACUCCAGUGGCAAACUGGUGGUCUAAUGGUGCGAACAAAAUUGCCUUCUCUCGUGGUAAUUGUGGUUUUGUGGCCUUCAAUAAUGAGAGUCAGCAAGAUAUGCUUGAAGUUCUUCAAACUGGUCUACCUGCUGGAAUUUACUGUGAUGUCAUCUCUGGUGAAAAAGUUGAACACUCGUGUACGGGUAACUCUGUUACGGUUCUUCCUGAUGGGCGUGCAUCUAUUCACAUUUCCCACGAUGCUUACGAUGGUGUUGUGGCUUUCCAUAUUGAGUCUCGUCUUUAAACCAACGCCCAACUCAAUUCGUCAUAGAUAUCACAAUUGUAUUGGAACCACAAGUCGGUGCACAAUUUGGAGCAAAAUAGUAUGCUGAAUACUACCAAUCGACUCUGUUUUCGUCUAAAUAAAUAAUUUCAAUUAA